UAAAAAAUAAAUAUUUUUAAUUAAAAAAAAAAAAGAGGAAAACCAAGCAAAAGAUUCAAUUCCUGGAGGAUUUUUUAGCGACGACAAAAGGGAGAUUUAGUAACGCAACACUCGACGGACUAACUUCGGAGGCUCAUGGCGAUCGCAGACCGACAGCGGCGGAGCUCCGAGAGGAAGAUGUUUAGUCUCUGUCCCUUUUGGCAAACUUCGGCCACGACAAACAACUCUUCCUCUUCAUCCUCCACUCAAAACCUCAACCACAACGGCAACCGCCAUACGGAGACAGUUACAGCCAAACGCUCGAACACCGUUUCUUCCAUUGCCAGAUCGUUUCUCCCUCCUCGGCGCCGGCUUCGCCUCGAUCCUACUAAUAACCUUUACUUCCCUUAUGAGCCUGGAACUCAGGUGAGAAGUGCGAUCAGGUUGAAGAACACUAGUAAAUCUCACGUAGCUUUCAAGUUUCAAACUACUGCCCCGAAGAGUUGUUUUAUGCGACCACCUGGUGGCAUUUUGGCGCCGGGUGAAAGCAGUAUUGCUACUGUGUUUAAGUUUGUGGAACGUCCGGAGAAUAAUGAGGUGCAGGUGGAUUUAAAGAGUAAAGUUAAAUUUAAGAUUAUGAGUUUGAAAGUGACAGCUGGGGUGGAUUACUUGCCUGAGCUUUUUGAAGAACAAAGGGAGCAAGUGACUGUAGAAAGAAUUUUACGGGUGGUAUUUCUAGAUGUGCAGCAGGCUAGCCCUGCAUUGGAGAAACUUAGGCGUCAGUUGGCUGAGGCUGAGGCUGCUCUCGAAGCACGCAAGAAACCUCCUCCAGACACAGGUCCCCGGCUUGUUGGGGAGGGUCUUGUAGUUGAUGAAUGGAAAGAGCGAAGGGAGAAAUACCUGGCACGUCAGCAAGUUGAAGCGGUAGAUUCAACAUGAAGAGUUGUUUGCUUUGGCUUAUGUGCUUUUUUCUUUGGUGGAAAAGGAUGCAUCACUCUAAGGGUUGAGGGUGAAGGGAUGAAUCGACAGCCCAUUUCCUGUAGAGGAGAACAGUGUGUUCUCAUUCCAUUAUUCAUCAUAUGAACAGUGUAAAGGUCAAGGUACCUGACUCCUAGGCUUUACUUGUAGAUAAUGGUUUUGUUUUGUCAUGAAAAUAAAUGCAAGGCACAAUGCAUUAUAAUAUUUGGUUUA